GUUACACCACUAAUCUGUGUGCAGUGACUAGUUGCUGUGACCUAUUCUGAAUGAGUAGAUUUUUAGAUUAGAUGGAGUAUUUCAAAUUAGACAAAAAUGACAUUUUAAAGUCAAUACAUGUCGUCUUUCGUCUUGUCGUCAGAGAUAACAUGUCAACACUGUGAGGUUUUAGAUAAACCAGGAGCUAGUGUAUACCUAUAAUAAAGAAAAACUAAUUUAAAAAGUAGCUAGAAGUUAAACACUGGUGAUAAAGUAGAACCACCUUAGAAAAUCAACCUAAACAAAAGUUUUUGCUACCAUGGCUCCAAUAAAGAUUGGUAUCAUAGGGGGUACAGGUAUGGCAGAUCCUAAAAUCCUAAAAAACCAAACUGAGAAAAAAGUUGAUACUCUGUUUGGUCUCCCAUCUGAUUCUCUACUGAUAGGUGAAAUAGAGGGUGUACCAUGUGUGGUGUUAGCAAGACAUGGCCGCAAACACACUAUUAUGCCCUCAAAUGUGAACUAUAGGGCAAACAUAUGGGCUUUGAAAGAAGAAGGCUGUACUCAUAUUAUAGCAACCACUGCUACCGGUUCUUUGCAGGAGGCUAUCAAACCUGGAGAUAUUGUUGUUUUGGAUAGUUUCAUUGAUAGGACCCUCAAACGUGAGCAGACAUUUUAUGAUGGGAAACCUGGUCAUCCAAAGGGAAUAUGCCAUCUUUCAGUGGAGCCUUCUUUUUGUGAAGAAACACGAAAAGCGAUAAUCGAAAGUGCGAAAAAGAUUGGUAUGGACGUUCAUACAGAAGGUACAGUAGUGGUGAUCGAAGGCCCUCGUUUCUCUACCAAAGCAGAAAGUAUGGUGUACAAAUCAUGGGGUGGUCACGUGAUCACAAUGACCCCAGUUCCUGAGGUCAUUUUAGCCAAAGAAGCAGGUAUUUGCUACGCUUCCAUCGCAUUGGUUACAGAUUAUGACGUGUGGAGGAGCACUGGGGAAACUGUUAACGCCCACGAGGUCAUUAAAACGUUCCACGCGAAUAUUGAUAAAGUCAAGAGUCUUAUUCUGGCGUCUGUGAAGACUGUCGCCGAGAAGGACUGGGAUCAGACAAUCAAGCAACUUAAGGAAUCGGUCCAAAGUAGUGUCAUAGGAGCUGAUGUAGAAUGCAGUGCUGGGAAAUAAUAAAGAUUUAUUGUUACUUCCGACAGCCUAAUCAUGUGAUACAUUUCUAAAAUGUUGUAGUGUAGAUAUUUCCUACUAAGAUUUCAUUUUCAUUUAAUGUUUUACAUACGUAUAUAGAUACUCUCUGUGUUAUUACACUCCAUUCCAAAUGUAUGAAAGUAUUUUAGACAUUGUGAUAUUUAUUUUGAAUAAAAUCGCAAAUCUUCCUAUGACAAUAUA